UUUUAAACCUUUUAGAAAGAAAAAUAUUCCAAAUCUUUUUCAAUUUUCAUAUAAAUAGACGCCAUAUAGAGGAGAAUUAAGCAAGUAGAGGAAGGAGAUGGAAGGCAUGGAUGCUAACCAUGGCGACAAAGCUCAUCAUGUCGAUGUUGAUGUUCAAAGUGGUACCGAAACUUUGGUUUGGGAAAAACACGGUGCAAUUCAUAUUUCAACCAAAGCCAUGAGCAUUGCUUGGGCGAGCGACAAUAGGUUUUGGGAGUCGAUGGAUCUUCCCAACGACGACUUUAAAGAAAAAUACGAGUACAAAAUCUUUGCCACGGCGGUCGAACUCAAACAAGUGAGCUGCCUAGAAGUGGUCGGGUCUGUGGACUUAGCCAAGCUAGCCGAGCUGAGCCUGAGCCUAAGUCAUGAAAAGACUUACGAAAUAGUUUAUCACAUCAAGUUCAAGGUUGAUGCGUUCGGGUGGCAAAACCUCCCGGUCACGUUCGCUUUGUUCACCCCCGACGAGCAAACGCGUCGAAGCGAAGUGUUGGAAUCGCGUAGGGGGCAUAGCAACCAGUGGCACGAGGUACACGGCAACGAUUUCAAAGGGCCUAAAACAACAACUGGAAAGCUCUCAUUCGGCAUGUUUGAAACUAGCAACCAGAAGUGGAAGGGGGGAAUGAUCCUUGCAGGAGUCACUAUUAGGGCGAAGAAUUGACCUAUUAUUCGAUAACUAAAUCGACUUAUGUACAUCCGGUCAUCGGAUUUGUGUGUACUUGUUACUGUGUGAGUUAUUUUAAGUUGAAUUGUGUGUACCGAAGAAUUGGUAUCUCAUUUAUGUUGUACUACUGAUUACGCAAACAUAGUAAUCUAUUUGCACCAAAA